AAUCAAACACGUGUCACUGUCACUCUGUUUAACACUAGAAUUACCUGUGCAGUCAUUGUGACCACACACUACGCAGUGUAAUAAGUUGGAUGAAAUAAUUUCCCUGAAUGUUUGUGUAGUUUAUUCCAACAUUGUUGUUUUAUUAAAAUUACUAAACAGAAAUGAGUUCUGAGGCACGGCUGAGUCUGAUGGAGAGGCAGGUUUGGAGAAAGUCUCCUGGUUAAACUUCAUCUGACUCUGAUUCACACUCUGUAUAAAAAUCAAACAUCCUGACUGUGUUUGACUCCGACCGCUUUCAUUAGAAUUUCCUCAAGUUUCAUCUGGUAAAGUUUGGUGUCUAUUGUUCCUGUUUAUUCGAAUGAUUUUAUUAUUAUUAUAUAUAACUCGAUGUAACCCAUGUGAAACACAGGGCUACUGAAGCUUUGUAGUGCAGUGCCUGUUGUUCCCGGGAGAGGGCGCACUACACUGGUAAAACAGCGAGUGACAGGCAGCGUCAGUUCUCCCGGAUACUCCCGGAACUGACGCAGAACCGGAAGCGUGAGAGACAAACCUCAGCUGAAAUGAUGUCGGAGCUGCGGUGAGUUAGCGCCUGUUCUGAAAGGAUCACGUGUGGUGAGGUUAAGAUAUUGUUCAUAUAAAACCAGUCGGAGUUAUAAGAAUAUUGGUUACGAGCUUUUCUCUGGAUUUUAUGCUGCUGUUGGUGCCGAGAAAAAGACGCUAGCGCUAAUCGCUAACCGCUAAUCGCUCACGCGACUGCUAAUGGCUAAGCUAGCGGUCUUUUGCUUAUGCUAUGGCAGAAAUGUUUAAACAGCUGGGAAUUAGCGCGCGGCUGAUUAGCGUUACGGUCAGUUUGUGAUAAGUUAGUUCAGUUUGAAGUGUUCAUUCAUGUUCGUCACUGCAUUAAAAUGUAUUAACAACACAAAAUAUGUUUGAAAGGAGAUAAAUAAUUUGUUGUUCUGCUAAAAAACGUAUCAGAUGUUAUUUCAUGGUAAACAGUUCAUUAUUUAUUAAAUGUUGUUAUGAUAAGUGCUUACAUUGUGUUUGCAGUGUGCCCUCAGCAGUAGGCUAUACAUAAUAGGACUAAUUGUUAAAAGAUAAUUGUUGAGAUCUUAUAUAAGAACAGGAGAGUUUGAUAAGACAAGUUAUUUCUUUGCACUGUUUGUGUCGGUCUGUGUUUAUGUCGCGUGAACUGCACGCUACAUGAUAAUUUGAUGAACCAGUUGAUGGCGAGCCCAGCCCAGGGUGAUGGUGGACGGUCUUGGAGGCGGUGUGGCCAGCUGUAGGAGUCCCCACUGAGAGCGUCCGACUGUGGACCAGAAAAGAGACACAUUCACUUUACUAACUCUGCCCGGGUCGAAAGAAGAAGAGUCGACGUCUCCCUCAGACCUUUGGCCAUAGCGGCAUCAUCAGCAGGUUAGCCACACCCAUAAAUGAUGUCACACCAUGCUAGAGAACACCUGUGUGCUAAUUUUUUGAUUUUCAUGUUUGAUAUUAGAGUUCAUUGGUGUUUUAGAGUUUCACACGUGAAGGUUUGAUGAUUUACCUGAGUUCAUCGUAGCGAGGCUGGUUUUCAUGCUGCUGUGUGGAAAAUGGUCGACGGCCUCCGUCACACCUCCGUCUGAAGCCUGGAGCUUCACAAACCUCAUGUUCAGCUCGUCUUCACAUUUAAACUGAGACCUGAACAGACUCUGACUAGAUGUGUGUGUGUGACAGUAAAUGAAAGAUAAAACCAACGUUCUGCUCGUGUCUGUAAAACAGACUUAUUAAAUGAGUUGAGCUCAAACACACAGUGUCCCCUCCGGGUUUAAACUGAUUCUCACAGUUUAAAGCAGCUGUGAAAUGAAGCCUGUGCAGUGGAUUAGCUGGAGUUCACACUGACUCUGCGGCUCAGGUUUGCGUCUCUGAGCUGCGCACGGCGUGCGAUCACUGGCCGAGCCAGGGGUCGGGUCGGUGUCAGGGUUUCAGACUGGAUGAGCUGAUGCAGACAGACACAGCUUCACUUUCAUAUCAGCUGAUCCUGGAUCAGUUUCAUACAGUGAUCCUGUCUGGUAUGUCUGUAAUUCAUCCUGCUGAUGGAGAUCUGAGAGACGGGACUCGCUCCUCAGCUGGCAGCCGCUCCGGCUCGCUGCCAUCUAGCCGAACCUUCGCCGACUAAACUUAAAGAACGUUCACCUCACAGGAAUCCAGAAAACUAAGAACCAUACGAAUCCUUCAUUUUCAUGAGAACGACUACAAGGCCACGUCCUUGUAACGUCCUCUUGUGUAUCAUGUGACACAUCAGGUACAGUAAACAUCCUCCUUCACGUUAAAGCAGUUUCCUCUAAUUCAGAUCUGAGGUCAGUGGAGACAGACGAGGCGAAGCUGCAGAGGUCUCUGCUGAAAGGCCCCGGAGAGUCAGUCAUGACCCUGACGAUCAACACGCUCACACAUCACAAAUCUGACGCUAGCUGACGACUGUUCUCUGCGGCUGCAGAGAUCCAACAUUCUGUUUUUUACAGAAAGGUUCCUGAUCGGCCGCUGACACGAAGUCUGGUCGGUCGUUGAUUGUGAUUGGAUGAACAGAUGUAACAGCUGUCGCACCGCGGUGAGAACGCAGAGUUCAGAUCUCUCCACCGGCUCUGACUCCAUCGUAUGAAGCUGAAAUCAGAAUCUCGAGGAACCUGUGGAUCAACACGGCUCCACCUGUAAACCGUGUUCUUCUUUACCUGUGUUUAACAUCUCACCUGGUUGUAGUGAAGCACAGGUGCACUCCAGCACACUGUGGAAUCAGUGUUGGGUGCAGGUACAGGUACGACAGACCACAGCCAAUGAGAGGAGAGAUACCUGUUCAUUCUAACUCACUGUUUAGUGUUUAUUACUCUUCAGACUCGACCGGCCUCUGCUGUUCUCUGAGAAUGUUCUCAGAGAACGCUGCUGUUCUCCAGCUUGUUGUCGUGUUUAAAUUCUCUGCAGAUGAGUUGCUGUGUUGCUGAAGUCCACAGUGUCACACCACAUAAUAAAACGCUCUGCUCAGUCGUCCUCUGUUUCAGGUCCAUCCUUCGUCCAAUGGGACAGAUAGAGGACGGAACGAUGGAUGAGAGGACGGAUGGACCGAUUAAUGGAUGGAAGCUCUAUAAACAUGUAAAUCUGACCUUACAGAGUUUCAAAGCUGCCGUCGGCUGAAUGAAGCAGCGCAGCUUUAAAAAGCUUCUUCAGCCGUUCAGCAGAUUCUCCGCUUACACAGAAAGACGUUUUCAGACAGAAGAGGCUUUGAUACCCAAAUACCCCCCCCCCUCCCCCACCCCCCCCCCCCCCCCCCCCCCCCCCACACACACACACCCCUACCCACCACCAUUAUCACUCUGUAUGUGUGUGUGUCGGUGGCUUGUUUUUUUAUCCUAGUGGGGACCUGACUGCACACUGGUCCAUGACGAUUCAUUCAGACGGCUGUGACAGGUCAUAGGUCAGGGUCAGACAGUAAGGUGUGUGUGUGUGUGUGUGUGUGUGUGUGUGUGUGUGUGUGUGUGUGUGUGUGUGUGUGUGUGUGUGUGUGAGAGAGAGAGAGAGAGAGUGAGUGAGUGAGUGAGUGAGUGAGUGAGUGAGUGAGUGAGAGGGGAUCUCCAGGCACAGAAGCCAUUCCACACAGACACACACACCUUACUACCUCCCACAGUUCCCCGGGUGGAGACGUGGACGUCCUCCAGGUCGAUGAACCACUGAACAUAGAGACAGUAACACUGACUGAUGGCAGCGAUAAGGAUGAAUGGAUGAAUAGAUGAAUGGAUGAAUUGUGACAUAAAUUGACGGUAACGCACCAAUGACAUAUUGAAUGACUGAGCGUAAGGUCAAAGGUCAACAUAAGGUCAAAGGUGAGACCAGAGAAAAUGAACUGAGGGGCAUUUAACAACCAACCAAUCAGAGGACGUGUUCAGAGCCACUUCCUGGAGACGGACACUCCUUCAGCCGUCUGUCUGUCCAAGCUGAGCCGUGCUGGACAUCUGGUUUUAGUUUUAAGAGCAAGUGAAAGGUCAGAGUCCCUGUCAUGGCUGUAAUGUAGUGAUGUGACCUCCCUGCUGAAAAACCCAUGGACAGAGGAGCAGGAACCGCAGCUGUUUCCCAAACCAGCACAGAAAACAGAGCUCAAGCUGAACGUGCAGAGGAACGUUCCUCAUUCAGACGACUGACAGAGGAACGUUCCUCUGAUUCUGACAGAACCUCCCGGACGUUUCCUCUGUUGAUCCGUGUGAUUUUAUCCAACGGGAGAACAUCAAACCUACGAAGUCAGACAUUACACACACAACGUCCUGAGCACACGUCCUCUCCGGACUGGACGGAUCCACAGAGAAAAGUGGUAAGACUCGUUCCAGUUGCUGGGGAGAAACUACCUCAUCUUCACGGACGACGGCAGCAGAACGGGCGCUAAAACGCCAAAGAUGAAAUCCUGGCGACCGCGGUGACAGACAUCAGACCACGAGACACACAGUUCAGAGAAUCCUCAUCUGAGGACGAGAGCCUGUUAAAGCUCAGCACCUCAGGAACAGGAAGCUGAGAACCCGACUUCCUUCAGCAGAACCAUCUGCCGGAGCAAGACGACACGUAAGCAUCAUGUGUGAUUCAAAAUGGUGGCGGUGGCACUCAGAUCUGUGCUGCUUCAGGUCUGUGGUGGAUCUGGUUCCAGGUAAAGCGUCAUUGUUCUGCUCUGAUUGUUCUCCAGGUUCUAUCAGGUGGAUCUGAGUCCAGUGAAACUCGACCUGCUGUUAAUGUUCAGACUCAGUGUUUGUUCGAGGGGAUUCCCCGAACUGUGAGGACGUCAGGGCACACACACUCAGCCAGAGUGUGUGUGAGUGAUUUCUGUCGUUGUGGGGACUCUGAGUUUUCCUCUGAUCAAAGCUGAUGUUUCUUCUUCACGGGUAAAGAAAAGUUUCUGUGCAGAAUCGAUGAAAAGUUCAUUUUGAUCUUUUUGGUUUUUAAUGUGAAAACAAAGUUUUUUUGUGACGUGAUGUGAACGAAGUACAGAAACUGAACUGAACUUUAAAGUCUCAGGAAACUUUUUUCAUUUGAAAAUCGUUUGAAAUAAAUUUCUUAAUUCUGUGAGUGGGCUCUGAUGGACUGUCUGUCCAACUGUCCUCACAGAGACAGAAAUCCCCACCUGAGUGGGAGUCUUCUUCACCUCCACCUGGCGAACAUUAACACAGAAACCUGACACCACACACACACACAGGAACACACACACAGGAGCACCCCCUCUCUAGCCCGUCCUCUGUCCCGGUGACAUUUAGGCAGAUAUAUAAACCACAGCCAGACACUGAGAGUCAGGACAUUCCUGCAGUGCUGUACGUCUCACCUGUCCGCCCACCUGAGUGUUCACCUGUGCUGACUGAGGAUCUACCUGUCGUACUGAUCAGGGACCCGUCCGACCUCACAGCAUCAUGCUUACCAGGUACGUCUGUGUGUUUCUGUUUGUUCUGUAAAACGACAGUGUUAAAGCAGCAGACAGAUCAAACCUGCUGUCCCACAAUGCAGCGCUCCACAAUCAGGAAAAGGAGACAUCAAAGAGUUCACCUGUGAAAAGUUUUUCCAUCUGAACUUUGAUCCAGACUCGGUUUGAUCGUCGGAUGCUGGUUUCACAGGUUCUGUUUUUGUGUGUGUGUUCAUUGUGUUAAUGUGUGGUUUUGUGUGUACCUGAGACGCAGGGAGCUCACGCUGUGCUCGUCAGGUCAAAGGUCAGCAGAUUUGUCUAAACAGACGAGUUGAAGUCAGAUCUAAACGUGAAGGUUGUCCACCUGUAGCGCCACCUUCAGGACAACUUUACGGUUUGAGGAACGUUGUUGUUGUGUUCUCUCUGUUCGUCCUGAUGGUGGAGGGAGAUCUCGACUCCAACGAUGCUAGAAUACAAGCCAUGUCAACAGAUAAAGAUUCAACUUCUGACGAAGCUCCUACAGAGAGUAUGAACGCCGUGUCUCCUGAUCAGCCCGAUGAACUGCAGUAUAAUGGAGGAGGACCUUCAGACGCCAGCAGCUCCAGUACAGAGACCGGAGACGCAGCCAAUCAGAUGACAGCAGCUGAAUCUGCUGCAGCUGUUGCAAACAGUGUGGAGGAAGACGAGGACGAGAGCGCCGACUCUGAGGAGGGAGGGAAGAAACAGUUCGGUUCUCGCUCGGCCAAACACCCGAGCCCCGUUCAACCGCAGCAGCCGCCUCCCCGUGUCAUCCAAAGCCCCGCCCUCCCGCCUCAGCCGAUCGUCCCUCAGCCGAUCGUCCCUCAGCCGAAAGCUCUGGUGAGAAGCCGGACAUCGAAGAGACGCUCCAGGACCAACCGGCGCCAGAUAUAAACAACACACUGUAACACACAUGUAUUACAACACAUUAACACACAUACAGACACAUGUACCUGAACAGGGCUGUCAGCAGACACACAACAUAUAUGUAGCUAUAAGAACAUGUAAUCAAUCACACAUGGAGCCCAAUGACACACAGGCACAUUCACAUGUGAACACAUUUACUCAUAAACACUGUACUGUACACACACACACGCAGCAGGUUCACGUUCACCUUCUGAAAAAUAAAAACAGUAAACUCGUCAGACACACCGAGCCAUCUCUUUGGUCGACUGAUCGAUGAACCGAUCGGUUAUCUGAUCAAUGAUUACAGGUAUCCAGGAUCCAGGGGUCAAAUUCAAACUAGCUUUAUUUGUACAGCCAGUUCAGACACUUCAAUCUGUAACAAAAACAAAUAAACGUGGUUUGAGUUUCAGCUGCGAACAAACUGAAACAUGAACAAACUGAGCUGCUUCCUCUCUUCAGCCCCUGGUUUCCUGCAGAGCUCAGAGUAUUAAACCUGUUCAGUUUGUCUGUUCAUUCAUUCAUAACGUUCAACAGUAGCUGAAACAUUUAAACAACGUGAUGUUCACAUGUUCUGUUUGUUCCUUUUGUUGUAUUUUAAUAAAGUUU